CACGUUGAUGAGUACCCUCCAACCUCGUGGCUCUAUUACUUUAACAGGACUUCAGUGCUAUUAUAAGGGAAAGGAAGGCUAUUUGGUACUGCUCCCAAAUGGCGAUGUUAACUCCGGAGAAACGAUGCAGAAACUAGUUGAGUAUGCGGAACAAUACCCGCCAAUGUGGGGAUCGGAUUUGCUGCUCCUGCUUACAGGGAAACCACUGAGUGAAACCACGCAGGAUGGAAAAACAUCUCGUAUACAUGGCGUCGCAAAUUCUGAAGGAGCCUGUGGCCCUAACAAUGUGCUGAUUGUGUCUGACCAAGGCAAGGAUGACCAUACUUCUUUCGCCCUCGCCCACGAAAUAUCACAUGCGAUCGGAGCUGUGCACGAUGGCGAAGGUACCGCUGACAGCUGCUUCGACAUUGGAUACAUAAUGAGCCCAUACAUGAUACCAUCUGCCAAUCUGUCUUACUCUCCUUGCAGCAUUGUCGAUAUUGAGAAGUUCUUGGGUGAAGAAGCAUCUGAUUGCUUAUUUAAAGACACGGGUGAUCCACAGCUCGACGCCAACAGAGCCGCACACUGCACCCGCUUCCUGGCGAAGGGUCAGAAACUGCAACGUACUGAGAUAGACGGAGCAUGCUCGUUCAGUUGCUGCACUGGCCGUAAGUCUUCUUUUCGGCUGCCAGAACGAGAUGGUAAACCCUGCAACAAGUUUGAUGCAUCUCAGAUGUGCAACGACGGAAAUUGCAUAUAACAUUUUAAAUAACUACUGUGUCUCCGGUGGAGGCAUUUUCACCGUAGUAUCUUCUUGAACUUGUUCAGAACGAAUAUAUUUCGAAACUGAAGGCGAAGGAGAUGCUUUCUGCCACACACAAACACUCCCUUUAAGACCUCAAGGACAUAUGUAUAAAGCAAAAUAUUACUUAGUAACCGCCUUUAGAUACAAAGGCAAUAAUUAGCCUCCCAUCUACAUAAAUAAAUGAGCAAAGUUCGUAUAUAACCAUUCUUUGGUGUGGAGUGUCGGAGAAGUUUGAUGGCUAGAGCUGUUCAGGCGUCGAAUGGGCUGCGGGGGAGGCAUUCAGCUGAAAACGGGCGCCCAGAAAACAUGGCGAGACAGAGCACGAACUUUGUAGAAUUGUGGGGUUUUACGUGCCAAAACCACUUUCUGAUUAUGAGGCACGCCGUAGUGGAGGACUCCGGAAAUUUAGACCACCUGGGGUUCUUUAACAUGCACCUAAAUCUAAGUACACGGGUGCUUUUGCAUUCCGCCCCCAUCGAAAUGCGGCCGCCAUGGCCGGGAUUCGAUCCCGCGACCUUGUGCUCAGCAGCCUAACACCAUAGCCACUGAGGAACCACGGCCGGUAGAGCACGGACUUUGGCUUGGGAGCUGUAGAGAGGCUGUGUUCAGUGCUCCGCUGGACGAUCAGAGGACUUCGCGGCGACCUCAUUUCCACUAGAGUCGAGCGACCUCAUUAUGGGCAUUAGACCAUCUGCUGGAAUUAGCACCAUGACUCAGCUUGUGCGGCUAUGGUAAUAAUUGACGAUGAGGCUGCCUGUCAGAUGCAUGCUCAUUUCGCAAAAGCGCAUUUCCAGACAUGGCAAUCAGUAAAUACUGUGAGUGUCUGUAGCGUUAGUGCUGCUGCGCAGAAGCUCUUCUGUUUUCGCAGGAAGAACAAUGCCACAGCAAUAGUUUCGUUUGUUGCGAUUCAUUUUAUUACAGUAACAUAUAGAGUGACAACGGCUGUGUAAACCCACACGUAUUAUACACAGUUCCCUAUCUUAUUACCGCAAAUGACUCUACCUUGUCAGUCGAUAAAUUUGC